AGCAGGGUGUCAAGAACAUGAGGACCAGGCUCUGUCCUGAGUCCAGGAAGAGCGCCCGGAAGCUGUAUGAGCGUGCUCUUAAACUGAGAAAGAGCAACCAUCACCUCUUCACCACCACCAUCAACUUGAACAACAUGAACGAUGGGUGGUACGGAGCUUUGAAAGAGACCAUCCAGCAGCAGCAGAACCAGUUGGUCUGGGUCUCAGAGGGCAAGGCAGAUGGCGCUCCUGACGAUGACCUUGACAUCCACGACGACCGCCUCUCCUACCUCUCAGCACCGGGCAGUGAGUACAGCAU